AUGAACAUCAUAUUAGUGAUGUUUUUCAUGGCACUUGAGCUGAGUGUCUCGGCAACCACUAUAAUUGGAAACUCCCUGGGUGUUCAAAGAUAUUUAUUUGCGUCAAGGUAUGCCAGAUUUAUCCUUAUAUGUGAUGUGGCACUUGGGGUUUCUACCGCAGGUGUUAUGGGUUACUUUGGAGGACACAUUGCACGUCUUUACAAAAAUGUUCCUGAGAUGGUGAGCGCGGCGGAGUCCAUAAUGCCAGUUGCCAUUCUUUGUACUUUUGGAGACUCUUUUCAGUACUGUUUACAAUAUGUUAUUUUUUGUUUUGUUUUGUGGUGCUGGACGACUAGAGCAGGCGGCACGAGGUGUGUUCUUCACCUUGUGGCUUAUCUUCUUACCAUCCUUCGUCCUUUUACGUUUUUUUUUUUUUUUACUGGGACGUAG